AUGUUGGAAUACGAGCUGCAGAACGCUGUGAAUCAGGCUCUCAGUAUAGUGGUGUCAUUCUUAAAGAACUUCUGUCGGUUAUUGGCGUGGCUGAUAAUAUCUCCGAUACUGAUACUAUUCGCCUAUGAUGUCGUUUUAUAUAUGAUAAUGAUUACCGCGCCAACAGCUAAACGGCUAACAUUGAGACAUUGGAAAAGAGCUACUCCAGCAGAGGUUAUGAAGAAGCCUCGUACUAGAGGCUCACGCAGGGCGUUGGUAUACACAGGAGCACAUAUCGUAACAAGUGAUAUUUCUCAUAUUAACCAAAGAUCCUAG